UUUAUAUUUUCAAAAAAUAUAUAUAUCAAUCAUGUUGUCUAGAUCAGUUUCUCUCCUUACACGUAGUGCACGUACUUCUUCCUCAGCUUGGCGUCGUCCUUUAUUAGCUAAUACUGUCAACUCAACUGUUCGUCAGUAUUCUUCUACUUGGGAUCAACAUAGUCAAGUCUUUGAACAAUUAGGAUUACAAAAGUCUGGUAAUCUCGGUGUCUUUGAUGGUGAAUGGAAAGGUAAUGGUGAUGUGAUUCCUUCUAUCAAUCCAGUCAACAAUCAAGUUAUUGCUGAAGUUAGACAAGGAACUACUCAAGAUUUAGAUGUUGCUUUAGAUCGUGUUGCUGAAGCUCAAAAGAUUUGGCAAGAGCUUCCUAUUCCUCAACGUGGUCAAGUUCUUCUCGCCAUGAGAGAUGCUCUUGUUAAAAAUUUACAACCUUUGGGUAAAUUGGUUUCUUUAGAAAUGGGAAAAAUUCUUCCUGAAGGUGUCGGUGAAGUACAAGAAUACAUUGAUAUUUUGGAAUAUGCUUUGGGUUUAUCUCGUAUGUUGAACGGUGCUCUUAUUCCUUCUGAACGUCCUGGUCAUGUCAUGUUAGAAACUUGGAAUCCAUUAGGUACUGUGGGUGUCAUUAGUGCUUUCAACUUCCCAGUGGCUGUCUAUGGUUGGAAUAGUGCUAUUGCCUUGGUGACUGGUAAUGGUGUCCUUUGGAAACCAUCCCCUACUACACCUCUUGUAUCCAUUGCAGUGACUCGUAUCCUAGAACGUACUUUACGUGAACAUAACCUUCCUCCUGCAUUAUGUUCCUUGGUGACUGGUGGUACGGAUGUAGGUCAACAAUUAACUAAGGAUAAGCGUGCACAAGUCCUUUCAUUCACAGGUUCAACCAAGGUGGGUCGUGAAGUUGGUCAAGUGGUGCAAGGACGAUUUGGUAAAUCCAUUCUUGAAUUGGGUGGCAACAAUGCAAUUAUUGUGAUGGAAGAUUGCGAUUUGGAUCUGGCAGCACGGGCUAUCUUAUUUGCCGCCGUUGGUACUGCUGGUCAACGAUGUACGACUACACGACGAUUGAUUGUUCAAGAAUCAAUUUAUGAUACUUUGAUGGAACGUUUGAUCAAGGCAUAUGGUCAAGUCAAAGUAGGUGAUCCUCUUCAUGAUGGUGUGUUAUGUGGUCCCUUACAUACCAAGGAUGCAGUUGAAAUCUAUAAAUCUACCUUGGAAAACAUCAAGCGUCAAGGUGGUGAAAUCCUCGUUGGUGGCAAGGUAUUGGAUGAUGGUCCUUUGCAACAUGGUAAUUUUGUCGCUCCUACUUUGACCCGUGUUACUCCAGAUAUGGAUGUUGUCAAAAAUGAAGCCUUUGUACCUAUUUUACAUACUAUGACAUUCAAGACUUUGGAUGAAGCUAUUGCCAUCAACAAUAAUGUUGCUCAAGGUCUUUCCAGUUCUAUUUUCACAACUAAUCCUGCUACCAUGUUCAAAUGGAUUGGUCCUUCUGGUUCAGACUGCGGUAUCAUCAACGUCAAUAUUCCUACCAAUGGUGCAGAAAUUGGUGGUGCAUUCGGUGGUGAAAAAGAAACUGGUGGUGGUCGUGAAAGUGGAAGUGACAGCUGGAAGCAAUACUGUCGCCGUGGUACUUGGUAAGUUGUUCAAUCAUGGAUGAAAUGUUCAGUAAAUUAAAUAUGUUUCUCUUUUUUUUUUUUUUUCUUCGAUAGUACUAUUAAUUAUUCUGGUGCC